GAUAGAGAGAGGGAGAGAGAGGGAGAAAGAGAGAGAGAUAGAGAGAGGGAGAAGGGAGAGAGAGGGAUAAUUAACUUUAACUGUCCUUGUAGCUUACCUUAUCUGACCCUUUUUUAUGGUAAAGCUUCCAAGGUACACUACACUAUCUUUCUAGGAAAAGGUACCCACACACACACAUAAUUUAAUUUGUUUAUUUUGCGAUUUUGGAAAGUGAUUCCCCUUUUCUCUGUACUAUUGCACACCCAUUAAUACAUGUUUCUAAUCUUGGAAUAUCUACAUUUAUUUAUUUAAAUGGUAAAUGCACGCACUUAUAUAGCGCUUUUAUCCAAAGCGCUUUAUACUGUGUCUCAUUCACCCAUUCACACACACCAAUGGUAGCAGGAGCUGCCAUGCAAGGCGCUAACUUACCAUCGGGAGCAACUUGGGGUACAGUGUCUUGCCCAAGGACACUUCGACAUGUGGAGUCACCCGGGCCGGAAAUCGAACCGCCAACCCUACGAUUAGUGGACAACCCGCUCUACCACCUGAGCCACAGCCGCCCCGUAUUCAUUUAUUUAUUUAUUUUGGGCAUUUUGAGUUCAGCACUGAGCUUGACGCGUUCUUAUUGUUUUGUUUCUUGCUUGCUCUUGAACCCACUUUCAUUUUCCCGCUCAGUUUCGUUUCUCCGUCUCGCGCUCUGUUUGCUAAUAAACUGCGCUUGUGCAAUCGUGUUCACGCUGCACUCUAAACCGACAGGCUACGGAAUGGCGAACAGAUCUCUGUCCCGUUUAGCACAGUGGUGUUCCCGAGUAUUUAUGGUGGAAAUCAACCAGAAGACGGAACCGAUUUAUUUCGCUUUGAGCUCAAAACCCAGCGCUCACAAUACCGAGCUGGAGGCGCUGUUCGGGAGCGGGAAACUGUUUUCUGUGUACGCGCUUUGCGAUGACAGAGUUCAGAGCGCGCGCGCUCACGCGCAACUUAAAAACGCUCUGGCUGAAAACCUUCCUCCAGGAUGCGACCUUUUAGAUUCGGCUUCUUUCCUUCCCGACAUCAAAAGCUCGCUCAUAAAGGGAUUCUUCCUGCGGGAUAACUCCGCACUGUCCUCUGCAGAGCUAGCUGUGACCCAGUUCCAGGAGAAAGGUCCGGUACGCCUCUGUGUGUUGACGUACACACGCGAGGAAAACGGAGAGUAUCUGUGCUCAGCUGUGGCCGAGGAGCCUGCGGAGCGCGAGCGGAAGUAUUACGUCACACCAGCUCCCGAGCCACAGCAUCAUCCUUCAACAUUGAACAUUAUAAACUCAGACGUGUUCUAUCAAAUGGAAGAUGCUUACAAAGUGCUUCAAGAGUGUUGUGACAUCAUACCAGAAUCCAAGGCCGUGUUGGAGCUGGUGAUGGAGCAACAGCUGGAGUCCAACAACAGUCAUGAUAAAAGGUUUCCAGUCAUUGUGAUAGAAGGGCUGGAUGCUACAGGUAAAACUACUCUGACCUGCAGCCUGCAGAAGGCUUUGGGUGCAGUUCUGCUAAAAUCUCCCCCUCAGUGCCUGGCCCGCUUCAGACAACGCUUUGACGCGGAGCCACCACUCAUUCGCAGGGCCUUCUAUGCCCUUGGGAACUACAUCACUGCAGCACAGAUAGCCAGAGAGUCAUCUCAUGCUCCUGUAGUUGUAGACAGGUACUGGCACAGCACUGCAGCAUACGCGAUAGCCACUGCAGUGAGCGGGCGAGAGGAGAACCUCCCAGCUGUUGGCUCAGAGAUCUAUGAGUGGCCAUCUGACCUGCUGAGGCCCAGCCUGGUCCUGCUGCUCAGUGUCAGCCCUGAGGAGAGGCUGCGCAGGCUCACACACAGAGGCCUUGACAAGACCGAGGAGGAAAGCCAGCUGGAGAUCAAUCACCUGUUCCGUCGCAAAGUGGAUGAAGCCUACAAGAAAAUCCAGAACCCUGCCUGUAUCGUUGUGGAUGCCAGUCCCAGCCCAGAGCAGGUGCUCCAACAAGUGCUGUGUUUAAUUAAAAACAAAUACAACUUGCAGACCCCAGACCACCAAUGAAUUCCCCAAAGGCUGCAAUACCCCAUGUGUCCACUAGAUGGUAGUAUAAUCAUAACCUAUCCUUAGACAAAUAGUUCCUCCACCCCCACUAAAAUAGUCCCAGGUCUUAGACAGUGUUGGCCGCACAGGAGGUUCAUGGUUAAUGCCCAGCAGCCGUCAAAAUCCUGUAUCCUGACAUGUCACAACCUGUUCACUUCCCACAGAGUAACACUGAUGACACGAGAGAGAAAGUUAUUAUGAAUGCUGGGCAGAGAUGUCAACUCCCAUAUACAGGGUUAUAGCCUUGCAUGUUCCAUACGCUCUGUGUUAUGUUUUUCCCCUCACACUGGAGCUCAGGAACUGAACCGAAGGGCUCAGUGAAUUCAUCAAUCACUUCAAUUAGAUUUCUGCACAAGGGCCCAUUGUUGGUCAGCUCUGCAUUCACUCCUCUGAGAGCUCAGAGAGCACGCCACAUUAAAAGCUAUCAGGGCCUUGUGGGCCAGGAAAUUCCACCAGUUGUAGGUGUUUCUGAGCAUUAAUAAAGAGCAAUCCUGUAGGAAAGUUAUUUUAUUUCCCCCUGCUGUUUAGUGUGGGACAUACUUUCCACUCAGAUUUUAAAAGCAAAAUGUGAUUCUGAGAUUACUGUCCAGUGGUGUUAUAUAAAACAAGUGCUUUCUAAAAUUGUUCAGAUUAAGUUAUAUCUUUACUGGUGCGCUCACAAUUGGAAGAUUCCUCACCAUGUAAAUUAUUUAUACAUUAUCAUUUAACAGUGCACAUAAUCGAUAUUAAAGCUAAAAAAAGACAAGAUUUUUAAUAAUAGCAUUUAUUUCUUCCUUUGUGUAUUUCCUCAUUUGUUUGUUUACAAUGCAGUUACAACACAAAAUAAUUGAUGCGAGUACAAUCUGAUAUCUGUAAAGAUUAUUCCAAGAACGUGCAAUGUAAACUUUGAAGAUUUGUUCUUACCACAGUAAAGAGUUUAACAUGAUGCACGUUUUUAUAGUGUAAGUGUACAAGACAUUGUAAUGGUAAAUUGUAGCUGACCAUACUAAGCUUCCCUCUAAUUAACCAAAAGUUUCCAUCUAGCAACCUAAAGGGUAUAUUUUACUUCAAGUACUUAAAGUUGUCAUUCUCGGGGAGCCAUGAUAUUUCUAGAAUUGUUAACCCUCCAAAGAACCAUUAAGGAACCCACUGAGGAACCAAAUUUAAGAACCAUAUUCCUGGGAAGCUCUUGCAGAGUUUGAAGUAUUCUAAAGUUUCAGUGCCCCUGAUCCAACCAUGGGUUUUUAUAACAGAUCAGAUAUCACACUGAUUUUGAACAAGUUCUAUUUUUCUAUAAUGUACUGUAUAUAUUCCAAGUGGAACACUCACAAUUAAAAAGCAAACAAAUUUUAAGUUAUAUAAUGCAGUGUUUUUGGAUGCAGUGUAAUGCAUUUAUGAAAUGAAAUUUAUGAAAUGUGGCCUUUUGGUUAAUCAAGAAAAUCCUUAGUCUGAGACAGCCCUAGCCCUAGCCCUACACACACA